CGCUACUCGACCAUGCUCGCCUUCCGCAAUGCGCUGCAGCAGCUCUAUGCGUCGUAUGCGCGCGGCGACGACCCGCUUCUACAGCAGCUCGCCAGUCUUCUCGAGACGCCCUUUCCGCCCAAGCGCCUCGACCCGGAGGCUGGCUGGGUCAUUGACGAGCGCUGCGUCGCGUUCCGCAUCUUUUGCGACAAGGUCCUCGACACCAAGGCGCAUCUCUUCCAGCUCGCGUCCGCGCUGCCGCCGGUCUGGGCCAUGUACAUUGCGCUCGUGCAGACGUUCCUGGAAGUACCGGCAGCGAUGCUUUCGAUGGCCUUUCAGUCGCGCCGUAAUGUACCCAGCGAGACCGAGUGCAGCAUCUGCCUCGUGCCAUUUUCCCGCGAUGACUUUGAAGUGCCUGGCGUCGUCGUCGAGACGCAAUGCACGCAUGUGUUUCAUCAAGGCUGCAUCGCCGAGUGGAUCGAGACGGCCGCGACGUGCCCCAUCUGCCGCCACCACAUCGAGUCGAUCGUUGGUCUCUUCUUGCCGUCCUCUGCCACGUCCGUGUCUGUCUAG